UUGUGUCUAACCACAUCAGUUUGGUGCCUGGGGAGAGGAAGGAGGCUGUGACACCUCAGCUGCUCUCAUUUGUGUUGGGGCUUUGCACACUGCUGACUCGUUUAUGGGGGAGUAGUUGAGUUUACAAGAAGCACGUACAUGCAGAAGUUAUCCAGGCAGUUGCUGUGAGCUGGUUAGCAGUGGUGUGCCACAUUCCUGCGAUGCGAGUCAGUAAAAAGGCAUUACACUGUAAAGGUGUGGGGACGGAGGCUGUAAUAAGUCUCACCUGUGUGACUGAGCAGAAGCAAUCUGUAACCACAGAGCUUAUUGCAGUAAUGUGUGUGCUGGGAAGGCUGUACCGCAUAAACAGCACCUAUAAAAGUCACGGGGAAAAUGGACACAGUCAUAUUGGCAAUGUCAAGUCUCAGUCAUCAGCUCGGUGCACUGAAAGGGCUUUCUGCAAACGCCCUGAAGGCUGAGAGGCAGCUGACUCAGGUAUCAGCCACACAGCUAGAAGACAGCCGCUACCCAAGGCAAGACCAGCUUUGAACACCGUGACAGUUCUGACCCUGAUUUGGCAUCUGAUCUCAAGGCAGAGGGAGGAAAGGAGGAGACAACCCAAGAAGCAGAAGACGACCCCAGCUUUCUGGUGAUGGCAUGGACCGGACACUUUUCCAGCAGCCGUUCUACCUACCUCUCGGUCCUGUCACCGUCCAGCAUCCCCAAAGUGCCAAGGCACAAGACUGAUGAAGAGCCACUCUUAGCAACCCAGCCAUGGCCGGAGAUUCUAGGAUCUUCAUGAACCAGGACAUGGACAUCGGAGUUGUAUCCAGAGAGCCUAAGAAGAUUCCCAAACAGGCUCGGGAUGACGUCCCCAUUGCCACUGACCGAACCCGCCUCAUAUCAGCAGAAGGUAAGAAGCCACGCCAGCGUUACAUGGAGAAAAGUGGCAAGUGCAAUGUACACCAUGGAAAUGUCCAAGAAACCUACCGAUACCUUAGUGACCUCUUCACUACUCUGGUGGACCUCAAAUGGCGUUUUAAUCUUCUUGUCUUCACUAUGGUCUAUACCAUCACUUGGUUAUUUUUUGGGUUCAUAUGGUGGCUCAUUGCCUAUAUCCGGGGAGACCUGGACCAUCUUGAAGAUGAAAACUGGAUCCCCUGUGUUGAAAACCUCAGUGGAUUUGUUUCUGCAUUUCUGUUUUCUAUUGAGACUGAGACAACAAUAGGGUAUGGCUAUAGGGUCAUAACGGAGAAGUGCCCAGAGGGCAUUGUACUGCUCCUGAUCCAGGCUAUUCUGGGCUCCAUUGUCAAUGCGUUCAUGGUGGGAUGCAUGUUUGUCAAGAUCAGCCAACCAAAGAAGAGAGCUGAAACCCUCAUGUUUUCUAACAAUGCGGUGAUUUCCAUGAGGGAUGAGAAGCUCUGUCUCAUGUUCCGUGUUGGAGACCUCCGCAAUUCCCACAUUGUCGAGGCUUCCAUUAGAGCCAAACUGAUUAAGUCCAAACAGACCAAAGAGGGAGAGUUCAUCCCCUUGAACCAAACAGACAUCAAUGUGGGAUUUGACACUGGAGAUGACAGGUUGUUCCUGGUGUCACCUCUUAUCAUCUCACAUGAAAUCAACGAGAAAAGCCCCUUCUGGGAGAUGUCUCGCACCCAACUGGAGAAGGAAGAAUUUGAAAUUGUGGUCAUCCUGGAAGGAAUGGUGGAAGCAACAGGGAUGACUUGCCAGGCUCGCAGCUCCUACAUGGACACUGAGGUGCUGUGGGGACAUCGCUUCACUCCUGUCCUCACCCUGGAGAAGGAUUUUUACGAAGUUGACUACAACAGCUUCCAUAGCACUUAUGAGACCAACACUCCUGUGUGCUGUGCCAAAGAGCUGGCUGAGUCUCGCCGGGAAGGCCAGCUCCUCAGCCACCUCUCCAGUGCCACCUUCCUGAGCGGGGGCAGAGAAGCAGAGACAGCAAGAGGGGAAGAAGAGGAAGAAGACAGGGAGCCUGCAGGAAUGAAUGGAGCCAAUGGGACAGCAGGAGAGGUGAAAGAAGAUCUGCCUGUAUAACACAAGAACUGCUGGACAGUAGAUAACCACAUACACUUACUGGGAGACUGUGGCCCAGCAAGUCAGGAACUGGCUGGGAGUCAGGGACCUGAGAUUUGUGUCCAGAUCUCUACUGCCUGCCUGUUCCUGCCGAGUCACUGCACAGCACUGUGCCUCAGUUUCCCUCCUCUUUUACCUGUACAGUGAGGUUCUGAGCUUUGCACUCUUUCGCAAAGUAUUUUGGUCUCUAUGGACAAGGCUCACUAAAUACAAUCAUGAUUAAAAUUGAAAUUCCCACCGCUGACUGUUACAAAAGACAUUCAUUGGACGUUCAGAACUUAUCCCCCCUCACAAGGGUAUUUAAAAAGUAAAACUCUAGAAUCUCCCAUCUCAGUAUGAAGAAUGUGAUUUCAUACCUUCACUUAACUUGUGAGUCAAUGUGUUGUAGACAUUGUUACUGCUUAAUUAAAAGAAGAUG